AUGGCUCCGGAGAGCGCCUCGCUCCUCAGAUUGGGGCUUCUGUUGGUGCUUGCAGCUCGGGUUCUCCCGUCGGUGUCCGGCUGCAACCGGCAUUUCUACGACGCCAUGAUCAGCCAGUUGUGCCUCGACAAGUUCAAGCUCGACAUGGAGGGACUGGACCGAGGCUUGUGGUGCAGCUGGCCGGACACAACGCGGAUCUACGAGGGCCUGACGAAUUGCACCUACCAGGUGGCUUUGAGGGUGGAGUGCUUCUGGCCCAAUCAGAUAGUUGACGACUUCUUCAUGCGGGUUCACCGGAGCUACUUCCACGACUGCGCUCAGACCGGCCGGCUCCUCCACGACCCGCCGGUCAGCAUCCUGGCCCCGUUCAUCACGGUGCCGGUGCUGGUCACCCUCCUCAUGACCGCCGUGGUGGUGUGGAGAAGCAAACGAACCGAGGGGAUGCUUUGA